UGGAUUUCUAUUCAACUGCUACUUCCCUUUCUCGGGGACAUAACAUUGAUGCUACUUUGAGGUAUUUAUUCUAUAAGACACUCAGGAUAUGAAUACUGCCUGACUGUUAGUUGACCACAAAUUGAUGUAUGCUUUACAUGCCGGUUAUCCGCUGACGGGUUGCGACCUUUACAAAGUUAGUCACAGAAAUAUAUCUGGUUCCUGGGUUGACAGCUUGCAUUUAUGGGAAGGAGAUAUGUUGUUUACCAUAAAUUGGGCUAGACUAUUUGGGAUUAGGUCAAUAACAAGUUAAUUGGAAAGACAUAUAGAAAAUUUCACUUGUGCCUCACUUUUAGGAAUUCAAAAUAAUGCAGCCUUCGUGGGUCAGUUCGCCCUUGAAACUACUUAUUCUCCUGUUGAUAUUCUUCGGUUUCAUGUAUGUAUUCUACUUGGUGGGCAUGAAGUCAGAUGAACAUGGUCCAAUAUUUGUCGUCAACUACACAUCGGUCCUUGAUAAUCAGUUGAAAGAGGUGGGCUGUUAUCGACUCAAAUAUGACCAGGUGGGUCGUCUACAGCCAUCUCUGAAUCUACUAACUUGGCCACAGUUGGAAGCCAAAUAUGCAUCUUCUCAGCCAAGGGAUUACAUUGUGCUCAACAACUCAGCAGAAAAUUCCGAUUUAAAACCUUUAUUUGGAUCACUUUACACUAGAUAUGAUGCAGCAUUGCCAAACGUUACAAGUGUAUCAAAUGAAAGUGAUGAAAGCGAAAAAGUCACCGAAAAGCACAGUUUACCUAAAAUAUGGACUCCAAUGGGUUGUUCUACUAGCAUGUCAUCAGCUAUAAUCAUUCCAUAUCGUAAUCGCGAUGAACACCUACGCAUUGUAACAAAUCAUCUACAUGCGUUUAUAAGGCACCAAAAAAUACCAUAUACCAUUUUCGUGAUUGAACAGACCGGUAAAACUAAAUUUAACCGUGGUGCUCUCUUAAAUGCUGGGUUUCUUGAGGUUUCAAAGUUGCAGGAGUAUAGCUGUUUCAUUUUACACGAUGUGGACAAACUGCCUGAAGAUGACCGUCUUACUUAUACGUGUAAUUCACGUCCGACGCACUUUUCCUCUGCACUUAGUCAGAAUGAUUACAAAGUACUGUAUAGGGAUUUUUUCGGUGGUGUUGUGGCAUUUACACGUGAACAGUUUCUGGAAAUAAAUGGAUUUUCAAACCUAUAUGAAGGAUGGGGUGGUGAGGAUGAUGAUUUAUUGACUCGAGUUAGUCAAUCCAAAUAUGGGGUAUUUCGAAUCAGUACAGAUAUUGGUCGUUACUAUACACUGAGUCAUGCCACUGAUAAGUUGAAUGAAGUCAAUCCAGACCGCUACGCAUUGUUAAAAAACGCAUCAGCACGUAUUAAAAUUGAUGGACUGAAUACAUUGGACUACAGUGUUAUCUCUUCACAAACCAUGUACAACGGUUUACUUCAUUGGAUUUCCUUGGAUAUACCAUCAGUGAGGAAGAGUCAUUUAUAG